GUAUCCUUAUGUGGAGCGGAGUGAUCUGGGGGGGCCGGGCCUCGCUGCUCAAACUUUCCAACUUUAUUUUCUGAUUUCUGAUCGAUUCUUUGGAAAUAAUGUUCCCAGGCUCCUGCACCCGUGUUCCCCGGCGGCUCCGCCUGAAGUCCCGCUGACUCCCGAAACCUCCCGGCGGUACCGUAGCUCUGCUUGUUGCCGUUAGCCGUUAGCUCCGCAGCUAGCGGGGCCGUUAGCUCGCUCUGUCCGUGCUGCGAGCUCCGAGCCCCGGCGGAGGGUCGUUGUUCUCGCCGCCGGAGUUUUGACACGCCGGGAGGAGGGAGCCUCCAGGCCGGGCCGGUGAGGGGGACGCUGCGGGGAAUGCUGGCGGAGACCGGAAUGGGCACCAGAAGUGGACCCGGGCCGGCGGGCAACAGAACCGGGCUCAGCAGCCUUCCCGUGAACACAACCGCCCCCGGUACCGACGGAGGCCAGUUCGAGGACCGGGAGUUCAGCUCCGAGGUGGUCUACAGCGGCUCCGACCAGGACUCCGACUCCGGGGAGGACGAGGACACGGCGGGUUCAGGCGGGGACCGGAGGGGCGUGAAGCGGGAGCGGAGCGACCCGGAGGUCGGGCGGCAGGCGGCGCAGAGCUCCGGAGGCCUGAGCGGGGGGUUCGGCGGGGUCGGUGCAGGGGUACCGGGGGUCAAACCCGGCAAGAAGACCAGAGGGAGGGUCAAGAUCAAGAUGGAGUUCAUCGACAACAAGCUGAGGAGAUACACGACGUUCAGCAAGAGGAAGACCGGCAUCAUGAAGAAGUCUGCUGGAGAACCUCACUGUGGUUCCACCUUCAGUCCACAGGAACCGUACCUGAUCCUGUGUGAGGGAAGAACUCACCUUUCCUCCCGUCCCCCUGUCCCCCUGCAGGCCUAUGAGCUGUCCACGCUGACGGGGACGCAGGUCCUGCUGCUGGUGGCCAGUGAGACGGGUCACGUUUACACAUUUGCAACCAGGAAGCUGCAGCCGAUGAUCACGUCUGAGACGGGGAAGGCUCUGAUCCAGACCUGCCUCAACUCACCCGACUCACCGCCACGCUCCGACCCGUCGUCCGACCAGAGGAUGAGCGCCACGGGCUUCGAGGAGACGGACCUCACCUACCAGGUCCCUGAGACAGACAGUUGCUUGGACGGUGGAAAGGAUGUGAUCAAACCCACUUUCAGCCUUCCUGCCUCCACACCUUCAUCCUCCUCCUCCUCCUCCAAUGGGACAGUGCUGAAGACGUCGGCAGGUGUUGUGCUUCCUGGAGGCUUUACCUUGAUGUCAGGUGCGUCGUUCCCCCCUGGCACACACACCAUCCCACUCAGCCAGCUGCAGGGCCCCACGGCCCCAGGCCCCACCCCCACACUGCAAGCUCCACCCACACAGCCGACCACACUGCUCCGCCUCCCUGCAACCGUGUCACUGUCAGGUCCUACAGUUUCUCAGCAGCUUCAGACCAUCCAGGUUCAACCCAGCAGUCAGCAGACCUCCACCAAUCAGAGCAGCCCUGACAUCCACAGCCCCACCUCCUCCACAGCCGUGUCCGUCGUCUCCUCGUCCUCCUCCUCGGUAACGGGUCACAUGAUGUACCCCGGUGGUCACACGGUGAUGUACGCCACCCCCACGCCCUCAUUGGGCGAUGGCAGCCUGACCGUCCUCAACACCUUCCCCCCGACAGGCCACGCCCAGUCACAUGAUCCCGCCGUCCCGCAGGUCUUCCUCACUUCGCUUCCUCCAGUCGCUGCUCAGAUUCCAGUUUCUGCAGUGCAACUUCACCCGAUGGUGAUCAGUCAGCAGAGCAGCAGUAACCUGACGGAGCUGCAGGUGGUCAGUCUGGACGUCCACCAAUCAAAAGAGGACUGAGAGUCACAUGACCGUCUCACCUGGAUUUGAUGUGUUUUAGUUUUGAUCAGACCAGGAGAACCAAACCUGACAGACUGAUACCCAGGAGAAUGUAGUGGUGUGUGUGUGUGUGUGUGUGUGUGUGUGUGUGUGUGUGUGUGUGUGUGUGUGUGUGUGUGUGUGUGUGUGUGUGUGUGUGUGUGUGUGUGUGUGUGUGUGUGUGUGUGUGUGUGUGUCUUUUGUAUAAGAUGAAAACUAAAAGUGCCAAAGUAUGGUUCAAGCAUUCCUGCUGCAGGUUUCUCUUAGUUUCUGAGGAUCACUUUCAGGUUCCAGCAGGUCAGAUGUUCUGCAGACUCCAUGUUUGUAGUUCUAUCUCCACUGGAUCAUCUUCUGGAGGAACCAUCAGCUGUUUGAACAAUGAUAAUGUGGGCCAGAGGUUCCUCUAAUGUCCUGUCUGGGCUAGAGAUCUUCAGUUUGUGUUUGUGUUGGAGCGUGGCUGUGAUUGUUUCCUUUGAAAUGAUCAAUAAUCGAUCAAUAAAACACUUUUGGACCAAA